GUAAAUAAUCAUAAUUAUUCUGAUCAAAAUAACUGAUGGCAAGUUAAAAUACAUAUUCAACAAAUUCUGUUAAGGAUAAUUGGUUACUGAGCUAUGUGAACUAUGCGAACAUUAUUGAUUAAACAAGUCUAUGAAAAUGGAAGAACCAGUGCGGAAAUCCGUACUCGACUUCUUUCGUGAAAAUAAGAAACUCAGUCUGUGUAGACUUAUUUUUUGUGCGAGAAUUACAAAUUGUGAAGAUGUUGCAGUAUUGUUUGAUACAGUAAUAAAAGGAAAAAGUCCGCAACAUAUUACAGGGUUACUUCUUAUUUAUUCCCAUUAUGUGAUUCAUUUACUCGAAGUUUCAGAAGACAAUUUAUUUCAAUUAUGUAAUGAAAUGUUUACUACAAGUCCAGGAAUUAUGACCAACAUUAAAUGUUUAUAUAUACAAAAUGAUGCCAAAAAUAGAUAUUUUAGAAAAUGGCACUUUAAAAGAAUGAGCGAUUCUGCUUCUAAAACUGAGAAGCUAGAUGCAUUUGAUGAUACUUUUAGGAAUGUUUCCAGAAUACAUGAAACAAUAAUUUUAAAUUUACAUAAGUUAUAUAUAAGAUUGUGGAAUAUAUGUAGAUUGAAAAAUCAUCAAAAUUUUAUUGAAGAAUUGGAUUUAAUAGCUAGAGAAGAUCAUCCAUACAUUCCAUCUAAAGCAAGUAUAGAAGUUGUUCUGAAAAGUCGUUGGGGAUAUGAUAUGACAACAUUAGUGAAGGAUUAUUGUAAUCUGAAAUAUCCUAUGAACUUUGAUGAUUAUUCGCAAAUUUCCGAAAUAAUUCAAGAAAUCGAUUAUAAUAAUAAAUAAAAAUAGUUGAACAGUAUUAGUUAGUAUUUUUAUUAUAGA